UCGGGGAGCUCGGAAGCGACGGUCUCCCGGGCCCCGCCUGCAGGGAGCCGGUCCCGCCGCGCCCGCCCAUCGCCAUGGAUCCGUUCCUGGUGCUGCUGCACUCGCUGUCGGCCAAGCUGGCGAGCGAAGAGCUGACGCAGCUCAAGUUCCUCUGCCAGGACCGCGUGGGCAAGAGGAAGCUGGAGCGCAUGCAGAGCGGCCUGGACCUCUUCUCGGUGCUGCUGGAGCAGAGCGCGCUGAGCCGCGAGCGCACCGAGCUGCUGCGGCACCUGCUCUCGUCCCUGCGGCGCGAGGACCUGCUGCAGCUCCUGGACGCUUUCGAGGCGGGCGCGGCGGCAGAGACUGCGCCCGAGCAGAGAGAGCUGCACGCGGCCUUCGACAUCGUCUGCACGCACGUGGGUCGGGACUGGCGGCGGCUGGCCCGGCGGCUGCAGGUGUCCGACGCCCGCAUCAACGCCAUCGAGGAGCGCUUUCCCCGGAACCUCCCCGAGCAGGUGAGGGAGAUGCUGCGGGUGUGGAAGGACGCCAGGAAGGGGACCGCGACCGUGGCCCAGCUGGUGGCUGCACUCCGGACCUGCCAGAUGAACCUGGUGGCCGACUUCGUGGAGGCCGGCACGAAGCAGGCCACAGACACCUAGAGCUGGACCCGAGGGAGACGCCCUCGGCCCCGACCCGCACCACCGCGGGCCUCUGGCACCCGGCAGCGCCCUCGCCACAGGCUCCAGCCGCAGGAGAGCCUCACAGCUCCCUCACGCCUGGUGCUCGCCCAGGCCCCGGCCCUGGCCUGGGGCCGCCUCCAGUGGGAAGGAGCCUGAAGUUCGUAUUUGCCACCACGGAGCGCGUGUGGGCGCGGAGGGAAGCCAGGUGGAGGAGCCAGCCCCCAGGAGAGUUGGGGUGCGGGCUCGUGCUCUCUGCUUGGCAGAUGUCACCCCACGCUUGGCCGGAGGCCUGGACGCCGCCCCGGCCCUGCGUGAGUCCAGGCGCGGAGGGCCCUGGAGUCGGACAGUGAGGACCCGAUCAGCCGGCUCAGGGGCGGCUGCACCGGCCCAACCUGCAGGAACCUUCUGGAAAUACUGCACUUCCGUGGCGUGGCACCGUCUCACGCUGAAUCACCGGCGUCGUGCGGAGCUGGCCGUUGGCGGGGAGCUGCCCCGUCCCCCCGGCCGUCCCCGCCGCGCUCAGGGCUCGGUGAGCCAUUAAAGCAGGCGCUUCCCCCCCGGGAACCUUCCUCCCAGCCCAGGCGGCUCUGCCCACCCUCCCACCCAGCCAGGCCCCACCGUGAGCUCAGGACGGCCCCGCGGGAGGCCGAGCUGUGGCUCCUGCACCUCUGGCUGCUCCGAGGGGCCUCACUCAGCAGCGCCACGCCUGGCGCUGUCCCUGGGAACGUCCUGGAGUGGUCACGGCGCCUGCUCCGCCCUUCGAGGACACGCCACCCCAGGAGGGCCAGGACACGCGUGCGGAGCCUCCCCGGCCCUGUGCGGUCUGGGGGCUGGUCCGCGCCCCCGCGGGGGACACACAUCUCCUGGUGCCCUUCGGUCUGGAGCCUUGGGGAAGGCGCACCCGAGCCAUGUUGUCCGAGGCGGAGAGGCUGCACCCACUCUGCUCGCCGCCCUGGACGGGCGGGUGUGGACGGGGCUGGGGGAGGGGUCCGGUGUCCACACACAUGUGCGCACACAUGCACACAUAGACAUGUACUUUUAUACAUACGCUCACAUGCGUAUACUCACAUGCACGCAUGUGCACACACGUACACAUGUGGGACAUACGCGUGCACACAUACACACAUGCAUGCAUGACCACUGACGCGCACUCUCACAUGCCCGCAGCAGGCCAGGCGGGCCCUCCUCUGACCUGUUCGCCCCACCUCCCCUCACCCCUCCUGAGGACCCCCAGACAGUGCUUCCCAAAGCCUUGGGUGCCCCCGCACACGCCCUGCGUGGCCUCCACUCCCCCUGGCCUCUCUCUCGGACCCCCAUGCCACCACCCGGGCUCCCUCGUCUCUCGCCCCGCCCUCACCCCAAGGCCCCGGGCUCAGGCUGCCGCUCUGGAGCAUCCGGGAUGGGUCUGACUGUCACAGGGUCAGGGUGUCCCCACCACACACCCCGCAGCCCCUCCCACCCCGUGCCACAGCUGCCCACUCACGCCAUGGGCAGCCGGGCCCCGGGUCUCUGCGCCCCGGGUCCCGGCUCCAUCCCUGCAAGCGACCUCAGAGUGGGGCCCUCCUGCACACCCCGGGGCGCCCCUCUCCUGCCCACUCCCCCCCCCCCCGCCCCUCCUGUGGGCAGCUCCCCGAGGUGGCCUGGCCUCCACAUCUGGGCCCCACAGGCAAAGCCACGGGGAAUGUGCCAUGUGGACCCGCUGCUGUCCGGGGCCACCUCUCGGGUCACCGAGUGUCCGCGCGGGCUUGCCAGGAGGUCGCAGCCCUGCGUCUGAACCAAGCAGCCUGCCAACGGGCAGGGGGCUGUGGGGCGGGGUGCCUCGGCGGGCGCCGGGUGUGGCCGGGGGUUGCACCGCAUCCCAGCUUUGGCCCAGGAGACGCAGAUUCCCAGGGGCACACGGGAGAGACCCUGAGCGGGCCUUGCAGGGCAGGCCCCCCGCUGAGCACCAGGAGCACGGAGAGUCCCGGCUGUGGUCACCCCCUCGCAGCUCCCGCCUCGCCGAGACGCCCUCGCUCUUCUUCACUCCACGGCCGGCAUUUUCGGGGGGGGGGAAAGAAAAGAUGAAGGUGACCCCCAAGGCUCCUGGCCCCGGGAGACAGUGCUCCUGACCCGCCGUGGCCGCGACACCUGCGAGCCGGCCACCCGCCCUGGCCCCUCUCGGACCCCCCUCGGACCCCCCCCCCCGGGGCCCACUGGGGGCUUAGGAAGUAAAG